AUGGAAAAUGUAAAAAUAUCAAUUUUGUGGAAUAGUUUGUUGGAGUUGAAAGAGAAGUUUAACUCGACUGAGAUGCAUGAGUUCGCGGCUUUCAUGGACGAUAGUUUGUUGGUGGAUAUCCCUUGCAAAGGAAAAAAAUUUACUUGGUAUAGCGGAGACGGUAAAUCGAUUAGUAGAAUUGAUAGAUUUAUUGUAUCGAGCAAAGUGGUGAAUGAUUGGGGAGUGGUGGGACAAUUGGUAGGCGAGAGAGAUGUUUCCGAUCAUUGUCCUAUUUGGGUGGAAGGAAGAGGGGAUUACGUGUUGAAAGAAAAGCUUCGUCUUCUUAAAGAAAGACUUAGAUGGUGCAACAAGGAAGUGUUUGGAAGAAAAGAUUUGGAUGUAGAGGAAGGUGUUAAGGAUAUUAACAUAGGGGACGAUAGAUUGGAGUUGGAAGCGGAGGAUCUUCAUCUCGGCAUUUUAAAGAAUAUGAAGGAAGCCACUAGCUGGUUUUGGUCUAAAUUAAGAAUUAAAGAGAACAUGCUAGUCCAAAAAUCAAGAGUUAAAUGGUUAAAUGAAUGCGACUCCAAUAACGACUAUUUCCAUAAGGUUAUGAAAGAAAGGAGAAGACAUAAUCACAUGGGUCUUAUUAAUUCUUCAGAGGGAAAUAUGAAAACGGUGAAGGAAGUUAAAGAGGAAGUAGUUCGCCAUUUUUCUAGUAAAUUUGGAGGAGUGGAUGGAGUUACACCUAGUCUUGACGGGAUUGUAUUUGACAAGAUUAGUGAGGAGGAUAGAGGGUGGCUAGAAAGUCCUUUUCAAGAUGACGAAAUCAAGGAGGCUAUCGGCGGUUGUGGCAUAUCUAAGAGUCCGGGACCGAAUAGGUUUUCUUUCCUUUUUAUCAAGAGGUGUUGGUCAUUUUUAAGAGUAGACUUCAUGAGGUUCUUUGAUCAUUUUUUUGAGGGAGGUGAGUUGUCUAAGGCGGUUACAUCUUCUUUCUAG